AUUUUUUCGAGUUGACUUGUAACCUUCAACGAUGCAGACGCCUUGUCGUCUGCUGCGAUGUCGAGGCACUGGGACAUAUUGCUCAUUGCUACCUAGUUUAACCCGACUGCUCUUACCUGGGUAUUGUUACAGCACAGUGACCAAACUAAAUGCAGAGGAAAACGGGUUUGCUCAGUCUUCCCAGACUGCAGAAUCGACGAGUAUCAGAAAGUAUGACAAUGUUGUGGAGGCUUACAAGGCUAAAGUCGAAGCAAAUGAACUGCGAUAUGAUGCACAUCAGGGAUUUGUUAUCCAACAGUUGGAAAACCUGAACAAAGCCUUGAAGGGCUACCAGCCACCAUCUACAAGUUGGAUAGGAAAGGCAUUAGGACUAAACAAGAAAAGUAAACCCACAAAAGGGCUUUACUUACAUGGAAGUGUAGGCUGUGGAAAGACCAUGUUAAUGGACAUGUUUCACAGCUGCUGCUCCGUGGAGAGAAAACAGCGAGUCCACUUCCACAGGUUCAUGUUAAAUGUGCAUGAAAGAAUUCAUGCUCUCAAAAAACUCCAGCCCAAACGAAGCAGCGUAAGAAAGGGUGAUGCGUUUGACCCCAUACCUCCUGUGGCUCAGCAGAUAGCUGGGGAGUCCUGGUUGCUGUGUUUUGAUGAGUUUCAGGUAACGGAUAUAGCAGACGCUGUGAUAUUAAGGCGAUUGUUUACAGAGCUAUUUGAACAUGGCAUUGUUAUCGUGGCUACUUCAAAUAGGCACCCAGAUGAUUUGUAUAAGAACGGACUCCAGCGUGGUAAUUUUAUACCAUUUAUUGGUGUGUUAAAGCAAUAUUGUGACAUUCUAUCCUUGGACUCUGGAAUAGAUUACAGAAGACAAGGACUUCCAGCUGAGGGCAGAAUCUUUCUUUUGACUUCCGAACCAAACUGUAAUAUACAUUUAGACAGAAUAUUUCAGGAGUUGGCGUAUGAAGAAAAUGAUGUUGUGACACCGAGGACAUUAGAGGUGAAGGGAAGAGAGGUAAAGCUACCAGUCACAUGUGGGCGCUUGCUCGACUGUGACUUCUCUGAUCUCUGUACAAAGCCAAUGGGAGCAGCAGACUACCUGGCUAUCAGUCAGGAGUUUGACACGGUUAUCCUGCGUAACAUACCAGCCAUGUCUCUCAACAGAAAGACAGAGGCGAGGAGGUUUAUCACGCUCAUAGACACCUUCUAUGACAACAAGUUACGCCUGGUGUGCUCUGCAGAUGUACCCACCUCUGACCUCUUCGUAGUGGGAGAGCUUAGCGAUCGGGAUAAGGAUGCCAAUAGAGCCCUGAUGGAUGACCUUGGAAUAGCCGCUUCUCAAGCCACGGGCAAUGUGUUUACUGGAGAAGAGGACCUUUUCAUGUUUGAAAGGACAGUUUCGAGAUUACGUGAAAUGCAGACGGAAGAGUACUGGAAACACAAGAUUGGAGUAGAACAGAAGUUAUGA